AUGGUCGUCGGUGCGGCCUUGGAGGACCGCCUGGAGACAUGGGCACAAAGGUUGAACAACCUCACUGUCUCUCCAUUGACCCGCGACUAUCCCGACACACAAACGCUCGAUAAUAAACGAGCUAUCGAGGCUUUUGAAUCCCUGCGACUCCCCAAGGAGACCCAAUUGCAGCUGCAGAAGCUUUCUGGCUCAUCCUCUGGCUUCACUGUCUUCCUGACAGCCUUUGUCAUUCUGGUCGCUCGAUUGACCGGUGAUGAGGACAUUGCCGUGGGGACAAGUUCUAACGAGGAUGGUCGUCCAUUCGUCAUCCGAGUCCCCAUUGAUACUUCGGAGACUUUCGUCCAGCUCUACUCCAAGGUCGAGGAGGCCUUCAAGGAAGGCGCCUCCCAGAUUGUGCCGUUGGGCAGUCUUCGCUCUUAUAUCCAGGAAAAGUCCAAGUCCGAACGUGUACCGGUCCUUUUCCGAUUUGCUGCCUAUGACGCCCCUGCUGCCUCGCAAGACUACCCCGCGAACACCUUCGAUACCACCGACCUCGUCGUUAAUGUUGCAGCGGGCAACCUAUCUGAUGGCUCAGCUUCCGAGGUCCAAUUGGGUGCAUACUAUAACCAGCGUCUCUUCUCCAGUGCUCGCAUUGCCUUCAUCUUGAAACAACUCGCAUGCAUUGCUAACAAUGCCGCUGCAAACCCGGACGAGGCUAUUGGACGCAUUGAUUUGAUGACCGAGGACCAGCGCGUACUCUUGCCUGACCCGACAUCCAACUUGAACUGGUCCAAGUUCCGUGGUGCUAUUCAUGAUAUUUUUGCUGCCAAUGCCGAAAGUCACCCGGACAAGCUCUGUGUGGUUGAGACCGAGUCGAGCACCUCUCCUCACCGCGAGUUUACCUAUCGUCAGAUCAACGAGGCCUCGAACAUCCUUGGCCACCACCUAGUUCAGUCCGGCAUCCAACGAGGAGAGGUCGUUAUGGUUUACGCCUACCGUGGUGUCGACCUUGUGGUUGCCGUGAUGGGAAUCCUCAAGGCCGGUGCGACAUUCUCCGUCAUCGACCCUGCCUACCCGCCGGAACGACAGAACAUUUACCUCGAUGUUGCCCGUCCCCGCGCUUUAGUAAACAUUGCUAAAGCAACAAGGGACGCUGGUGAACUCUCAGAAAUUGUUCGCACUUUUAUCAACGAAAACUUGGAGCUCCGCACUGAGAUCCCUGCACUUGCCUUGCUUGACGAUGGCACCCUCGCCGGUGGAUCCGUCAAUGGCCAAGACGUCUUCGUCAACGAAGUUGCACUGAAAUCUCAGCCCACUGGCGUCGUUGUCGGUCCUGAUUCUAUUCCCACCUUGUCUUUUACGUCCGGUUCGGAGGGCCGGCCAAAGGGUGUCCGUGGUCGACACUUCUCCCUAGCUUAUUACUUCCCUUGGAUGUCCGAGACAUUUAAGCUUACGGCAGACGACAAAUUUACUAUGCUUAGUGGUAUCGCUCACGACCCUAUUCAAAGAGACAUUUUCACCCCGCUGUUCUUGGGUGCUCAACUUUUGGUGCCCGCUCGCGAGGACAUUCAGAAUGAGAAGCUUGCUGAGUGGAUGCAAAAGUUUGGUGCUACUGUCACUCAUCUUACCCCUGCCAUGGGUCAAAUUCUGGUCGGUGGCGCUUCUGCUCAAUUCCCUGCCCUUCACCACGCAUUUUUCGUGGGUGAUAUCUUGAUCAAGCGAGACUGCCGCUCGCUCCAGGGACUUGCCCCCAACGUUUCUGUCGUCAACAUGUACGGCACAACUGAGACCCAGCGUGCUGUUAGCUACUUCGAGAUCCCUAGUUACUCUAGCGAUGAAGGGUAUCUCGAUACAUGUAAGGAUGUUAUUGCGGCUGGCCGCGGUAUGUUGGACGUCCAAAUGCUUGUUGUCAACCGUUACGACCCCACUCGGAUCUGCGCUAUCGGAGAGGUCGGCGAGAUCUACGUUCGUGCCGCCGGUCUUGCGGAGGGCUAUCUUGGUUCCCCGGAGCUGAACGCUAAGAAGUUCCUGACUAACUGGUUCGUUAAGCCGGAAGUCUGGGCUGAAAAAGACCAGGCAGAGUCCCAGGGUAAGAACGAGCCUUGGCGCCAGUACUAUGUCGGUCCCCGGGAUCGUCUGUAUCGGAGCGGUGAUUUAGGCCGAUACACUCCAUCCGGAGAUGUGGAGUGUUCUGGUCGCGCCGAUGACCAAGUCAAAAUCCGUGGUUUCCGCAUCGAGCUUGGUGAAAUUGAUACUCACCUUUCCCGCCAUCCUCUGGUCCGUGAGAAUGUAACUUUAGUACGAAGAGAUAAGGAUGAGGAGCCUACAUUGGUAAGCUACUUCGUUCCCGAUAUGACCAAGUGGGCUUCGUGGCUAGAGAGCAAGGGCCUUACCGAUGAUGACACCGCUGAGGGUAUGGUCGGCCUGUUGCGACGCUUCCGUGCUCUGCGGGAUGAUGCUCGUGACCAUCUUCGGAGUAAGCUUCCUACAUACGCAGUGCCGACUGUCAUUAUUCCUCUCAAGCGUAUGCCCCUGAACCCGAACGGCAAGAUUGACAAGCCCGCCCUUCCUUUCCCCGACACUGCGGAACUGAGUGCGGCUGCACCUCGCCGCCGGUCGUCCGCCAUGCAGGCUCUUUCCGAAACCGAGCAAACUCUGGCUCAGGUGUGGGCCAAACUCAUCCGCAAUGUGACCGCUCGUAUGAUUGGGCCGGAUGAUUCUUUCUUCGAUCUUGGCGGCCACAGUAUUCUGGCGCAGCAGAUGUUCUUCGAGCUGCGUCGUAAGUGGCGCGGCAUUGAUAUCAGUAUGAAUGUCAUCUUCCGUAGCCCCACUCUAAAGGGCUUCGCUGGUGAAAUCGACCGCCUGCUAGCUCUGGCAUCUUUCGCGACAAGCGAUGACAAGACCCUUGCCGGAGCCGUGCAGGCUGCCAAUGAGCCCGAUGACGAGUACUCGAAGGAUGCUGUCCAGCUUGCGAGCCAGUUGCCUGAGACAUUCCCCACUCGCACUGAUGCUAUGCUCACUGCUGAGCCUCUGGUUUUCCUCACUGGAGCGACUGGCUUCCUAGGCGCUCAUAUUCUUCGCGACCUACUCACCCGCAAGGCGCCCUCCACUAAGGUCGUGGCUCUGGUUCGCGCAAAGACUGAAGAGCAGGCUCUUGAGCGUAUCCGUGGAACUUGUCGUGCCUACGGUUUCUGGGAUGAAGCGUGGACCUCCAAGCUCCGUGCGGUCUGUGGUGAUCUCGGAAAGCCCCAGUUCGGGCUUACCCAGGCAGUGUGGGACGACCUCACAAGCACCGUUGAUACUGUGAUCCAUAACGGAGCCCUUGUUCACUGGGUGUACCCCUACGCAACCCUCAAGCCCGCCAACGUUAUGGGUACCAUCGAUGCCUUGAAGCUGUGCAGCGGAAAAGCUAAGCAAUUUGCUUUCGUCAGUUCUACUAGUGCGCUGGACAAGGAUUACUUUGUCGAAGAAUCCGAGCGUAUCAUCGCCGCUGGUGGCAAUGGCAUUAGCGAAGACGACGAUAUGGAAGGCAGCAGGAUCGGCCUCGGAACUGGUUAUGGUCAGACCAAAUGGGCUGGAGAAUACCUUGUUAAGGAGGCUAGCCGUAGAGGCCUGAAGACCAGCAUCAUUCGUUCCGGAUACGUCCUUGGUGACUCGAUCACAGGAACUACUAACAACGAUGACUUCCUUGUGCGCUUCUUGCUCGGCUGUAUCCAGCUGUCCGCUCGGCCUAACAUCAACAACACCGUGAAUAUGGUUCCAGUCGACCACGUGGCUCGGAUCGUUAUUGCCUGCGCUUUCAACCCGGUUGGCGUUGCCCAUGUCACUGGACACCCUCGCCUCCGUUUCAAUGAGUUCCUCGGUGCCCUUGAGCUCUACGGAUACAACGUUCCCCAAGUUGACUAUAUUCCUUGGUCCAACGCCCUCGAGAAAUAUGUCAAUGACGGUCAACACGAUGAUAAGGAGUCUCAGCAUGCUCUUUUGCCUCUGUACCACUUCGUAACUGCAGACCUUCCCUCCAACACCAAGGCUCCUGAACUGGAUGAUGUCAAUGCCGCAGCUGCUCUCCGUGCUGAUGCUGCCUGGUCCGGCGUCGAUGCUUCAGCCGGUGCCGGUGUGACAGAGGAAUUGGUCGGUCUUUAUGCCUCUUACCUCUUCCAGACAGGGUUCCUCCCCGCGCCGACUAUCGCUGGGGCUCGCCCGCUCCCUCCCGUCCAAAUUAGUGACGAACAGAAGAAGACCCUCUUGAAUGUUGGCGGCCGUGGUGGUACGGCUUGA